AUGAGUUUUCAGUGCAUUUGUAGUUUGACGGGAAACUUUUCAGAUCGCAUUCGCAAUUUUAGCGGUAGAGUUACUCGGAAAAUGAAAACGUUCGUGAGUAGGCCCAUACGAGAUUCAGCACUGAGAAGAUUCAUCAGUAAGGUUAAAGCCAAACGGGAAGCUGAAAGAGACAGCUUGCUCGAGGAAUAUGGCUACGCUAUGAAUGGGUCAAAAACUCUUGGACAAAGAAUGAAGAUAAUAAAUCUUUGCGACAUGGUUGCCGUUCUGGAUCGAUCCGGACAAGUCAUUCCCAUAUACACCGGUUUGUUUCACCGCUUCACUCUUAGUAUGACAGGUUCAGCACGCACUCAAGAAUCUGAAAAUGAAGACAUCUCCGCUGACAAUAUGCACGAUCUACCACUGAACGGUGAAGUAGUUUUAGAAGUGGAAAAAGGAACUAUAGGCCUGGUCCCAAUGCCAACUAUACCGUUAGUUUAA